UACUGGAGGUCGGGCAUGCCCAUGAAACAUCCAUUGCGAAAUGCUAAGAAGUAAGCGCCAAAAAGAGCGUGAUUAACAUGAAAUUACAGACACAUGUGCCGCAGACGACUUUUUAAAUUGCAUAUCUGCUGAGCCGAGAAGUCACAAGUUGAGACGAAAGCGCAUAGAAAGCACGAAGGAGCAUCCGAAAACUGUCCGUCCGUUUUGUCCUACAAAGGCGCCGGGAGUUUGACAGCGGCAGGACGCGAGUGCGCAGGCCCGACGGUUAGGUAAACUGCUGGAGGGGGACUACAUGAAAGAAUAAAAACUCUCCCUUUUCUGUAGAGGAAACAAAGCUCCAACAUGAGGAAGGACGUGAGGAUACUACUUGUAGGAGAACCCAAAGUGGGGAAGACAUCACUGAUUAUGUCUCUGGUCAGUGAAGAGUUUCCCGAUGAGGUUCCUCUCCGAGCUGAGGAGAUCACCAUCCCAGCUGACGUCACCCCAGAGAGGGUGCCCACACACAUUGUGGACUACUCAGAAGCAGAACAGUCAGACGAGCAGCUGUAUCAAGAAAUAUCCAAGGCAAAUGUUAUCUGCAUAGUUUAUUCAGUCAACAACAAGAAGUCAAUUGAAAAGGUGACAAGCCACUGGAUUCCCCUCAUAAAUGACAGAACGGACAAAGAUAGCAGGGUACCACUGAUCCUUGUGGGGAACAAGUCAGACCUAGUGGAACACAGCAGCAUGGAGACCAUCCUGCCAAUCAUGAAUCAAUACCAGGAUAUUGAGACCUGUGUAGAGUGCUCUGCCAAAAACCUGAAGAACAUCUCUGAGCUGUUUUAUUACGCCCAGAAGGCCGUUCUUCACCCGACAGGACCCCUGUACUGCCCAGAGGAGAAGGAGCUGAAGCCUUCUUGCAUUAAGGCUUUAACUAGAAUCUUUAAAGUGUCUGAUCUGGACAAUGACGGCGUCCUUAAUGACACUGAGCUCAACUUCUUCCAGAAAACGUGUUUCAAUACACCACUGGCGCCCCAGGCCUUAGAGGAUGUGAAGAAUGUGGUCAGGAGGAACAUGACAGAUGGAGUCAAGGACAACGGACUCACACUCAAAGGCUUCCUGUUUCUGCACACGCUCUUCAUACAGCGAGGUCGACACGAGACCACCUGGACUGUGCUGAGGAGGUUUGGUUAUGACGAUGACCUGGAGCUCACACAGGAAUAUCUGUUCCCCCUGUUAAAGGUCCCCGGAGACUGCACCACAGAGCUUAAUCACAACGCUUACCUCUUCCUUCAGAGUGUGUUUGACAAGCAUGACAAAGACAGAGAUUGUGCGCUGUCGCCAGAUGAGGUGAAGGACUUGUUCAAAGUGUUUCCCUACAUGCCAUGGGGCCCGGAUGUCAACAACACGGUUUGCACAAACGAUCAAGGCUGGAUCACAUACCAGGGAUACCUCUCGCAGUGGACGUUAACAACAUAUCUGGAUGUACAGCGUAGUUUAGAGUAUUUGGGUUACCUGGGCUACUCCAUCAUCUAUGAACAGGAGUCCCAAGCAGCUGCCAUUACAGUGACACGCAACAAGCGCAUUGAUCUGCAGAAGAAACAGACCCAGCGCAGCGUCUUCCGCUGCAACGUCUUGGGGGCGCGAGGCAGUGGGAAGAGCGGCUUCCUCCAAGCUUUCCUGGGCAGGAAUCUGCAGCGACAGAGGCGGAUCAGAGAAGACCACAAGUCCCUUUAUGCCAUCAGCACAACCUAUGUUUAUGGUCAGGAGAAGUACCUGCUGCUUCACGAAGUGAUGCCAGAUUUUGACUUCCUGUCAGAGGCGGACUUAGCCUGUGACGUGGUCUGCCUGGUGUAUGACAUCAACAGUCCACGCUCUUUUGAAUACUGCGCCAAAGUGUACAAGCAAUACUUCAUUGACAGCAAGACGCCAUGUGUGGUGAUUGCUGCCAAGUCGGACUUGCACGAAGUACGGCAGCACUACAGCCUUUCACCGCAUGAGUUCUGCCGUAAGCACAAGCUUCACCCACCCCAGCCAUUCACAUGCAACAUGACCGAAACACCCAACAAAGACAUCUACACGAGACUCACCACCAUGGCCAUGUAUCCCCACGCCCGCCUCCGCUGCAUGUGUGCCUGCAACAGGUGCACCUAUUGCCUGUGUCAGAACCUCCUCAAGUUGGAGCUGCUGCGCAAUAUUAAGGCCCAACUCCGCAGGGUCGUUUUCAACAGGUGUUGUUCAUACACAUGUUUUUGGCUGCCCCUCUUUCUCUUCCUCUUGCAUGUGCUCACCCUCUGCUAAUCUGCCUGCUGUUUAUGUUGCAUGGCUCACCUGUUCUCCACCUCUCUCUGGGUAACCAAUGGCAUGCUUCAGUCCUCAGUAAAAUAUUGCCAUCUACUGGCAGCUGGGAAUAGUGUUUUUCAUCAGUCCAUCUCUACAGUAAAGAGAGCUUGGUGUUUUUAAUAAGAUGGGGGAGGUUUAUUGAACCUAAAGGUAGGGUUUGAAUAGCUGUUUUUGGUGUUGGAUGGGGCAGUGCUGUGCCAUAUGUUUGAUGAUUUUGUCUGAAAAAAAUGUUUUAACCCCAAAGGGUCUGAAGGCAGAGCUACAUACUGUAGUGUACUAACCCCCUCUGUUGAUGCCCUUUUAAUCUGACACUAUUAAUAGCAUGGCAUUAAACAGGCCACCCCUGGCAGUGCAAUGGGCCGACACACCACAUUGAAUGCCCAAAGGGUUUUCUGAAAAGUGGGUUGGUUGUCUGGGAUUAUGUUAUUUUAAUUCAACAUGGUAUGAGUCCAGUUGGCAUUGUAAUCAAGUCAUCAUGCAGAGUGUGCAAUCCUGAUAUAAAGAACAAUAGUACGAAGUCUCCAGAGCCACUGUGUUCAAAAAGUUCAGAAAUUAACUGAACAGGAAGUGCAAGUCCAUGUUGACUUGUAUUGGUUUGCACUUAAAUAAAUUGAAUACAUGGCAGCUGCCAAGCAAUGUCUGCAAAAUAUGCAAAAGAGAAAGCUGGAAAAAACCUGGUAAACAGAACAGAGUGGAGACGUACUAUAUUUCUUAAGAAACUUGUUCUCGAAGAUGAAUAAAAUGAUUUCUCUUUAAAUUGCUUUUACCCGGCGACAAAGAGAUCCACAACAUUUAUAGUCUGUCUGCCAUGUGGUGUGUGCAGGUUGGAUAUGUGGUGUGUGUGUGUGUGUGUGUGCGCGUGCGUGCGUGCGUUGCUUUUCUUUGUUUGAAGUGUGCAGUGACAUUUGACCAGGUAUGGUUGCACUCCUAGUUGAGCUUGAGCUUUAAGGGUUUGGGUGGUGAUUGAAGUUCCUACUUUUCAGGCUGGGUAGAGCUGGGUGAUACUGAUGAAAUGAGAUAAAGCAGAGAAAAUGUAAAUCUUUUCUUACUAAUGUUAAUGAGAGUAAGCUGUGGCACAAAAGCAAAUACAGACAUUUAUUGUUUCAAUUCAGCAGUCAGAUUCAGACAACGUUUGUGCUUUUGUUACAAUAUUAAGACAAAAUAAAUCCCACAUGAUAUCUUGUGUCACAUGACAGUGUCAGGAUUAGAGGUACUCCAUUAGUCAAUCUGCAGAAACUGAUUAAACAAUUAAUCAUUUCAACUAAUUUCUUUUAGACACACAUACAAACAGUUUUCUAGAUCUGCCUCUCAAAUGUGAAUAUUUGCUAGUUGCCAUAGUCUACUAUAAUAACAACCUCAGUAUCUCUGGGGUUUGGACUGUUGGUCAGACAGAACAAGUCAAUUAAAGACGACAACUUACGCUCUGAAAACUCGAUCGUGUCACACAAAAUCGAUUAUCAGUUUAACUGCUAAUGGAUAUAGUCAUUAGUUGCAACCCUGGUUAAUAUUAUAUUGAGGCAUCACCCACCUCUACCGACUAUAUUUGUGUGUUUGUGUGUGUGUGUGUGUGUGUGUGUGUGUGUGUGUGUGUGUGUGUGUGUGUGCGCGUGCGAGAAAGGCUGCUGGGCUGGGUGGAGGCUGGGGGGGGCUGGCUGAUGCCAGAGGAGGAUUUCAGCCUGACACAGCAGGUUUCAGCUGUCUCCAACGUGGAGGGGUCCAUCUUUAUGGAGGCCUCUGCUGAGCAGCUAAUUCCCUC